AGGAUGGUGGCAGCGACGCGUACCUGCUGAGCAUCAAACACAUGCCCAACGAUAGCUUUGUUGGGCUUCAGUUUAUGAUUGGCAACAUGAUGACUGCCAUCGCCUCGUUUGGAGAGCUGACAACGUUGCCCCAUGUCGAUUCCGCCCUCUUCUUCCCCAAACGAGCGCCCGACAGCAUCACCAUCGCUAUCCCAGACAACUUUGAAGACAAGCUUCGCGCGGCUUUGCACCAAUCAACACGCAUGGUGCUUGGCACGAGCGCGCCUGCUGUUGUUUCAGCACUCAACAGCCUUGCGCGGCAGCCAGUUGUCCCCAUGACAUACCCGACUGUCGCCAAUGAAGCAGAGGUGGAGGCCAUUGUGCAGGCCGCGGAUGCCCUCAGCGGUGGCCGCGCUGUGCCAUUGCUGCCGCCGCCCACAUCAUCGACGUCAUCGUGUGCGUGUGAACCAACGCCUAACGACGACGAGGACGAGGAGGAGGAGGAGGCUGCCACGGCUGGAAAGCGUAGCAAGACCAUAGGAACACGCGGUGAGGGGAGCGACGAUGAUGACGACCACGAGGGUGGCGAGGACUUGGACCAAGAGGAGGACGGCACUGGCACUGGCAAUGAGGACGAGAGCGACAGUGACGUCAGCCAGCCCACAGUGAAACAACCCGUGCGCCGAAAAUCGCGCCGGCGCAGGUUCUGCUUGGGCCCGAGAGCCAGGCGCAACAGAGCACGCAAGGCAGCAAUGAAACGGGCAAAGAAUCAAGCGGCAAAGGCAGCAAAGGCAGCAGCGGAACAGGAACAGGAGCAGCAGCAUGCGCAGGCGCAGCCGUUGGAGAAGCAAGGUGCCGCGGAUGUGGUGUCUGCGAUACCAAAAGGUGAACAAGUUCAGGUGCAGGAGGCAGUUCAGCAGCACAAUGCCGAUGGUUCUGGCACAUCUGGUGCUGCCUCCGUGCCGCUGCUUAGCGUCAACCCCGAGAACGAGCUCACGUCGUCCAGGCAGAAGCAGCAGCGGCGCGCCCAGUCUGCGUUGACGCCCGUGGUGUCUGCAGCAAAUACCAUCGUCACCACUACUGAGACUGCGUUGUCUUGCCCACCCGCACCCAUGGUUAUUGACAGUGGCAGCGGCAGCAGCGGUACGCAUUCCACGCUGAGGGACUUGCUGUCGUCGGUUCCGUCGUUGACAACGUCGCCAACAGCGCCACCACCUCAGGCCGCAUCUGAGCCGCAAGGGCCCGUAGCAGCGCUUGUGCCGACGGUGAGCGAAGCAGCCGCCAUCACGCCGGCCGUUGUACAGCCGCCAUCAGCGACGAGCUGCUCACCAAAUAACCCAUGGGCGCUCGCAGCCGGCACCGGACCCACCGCACCGGCAGCAGGCCUGCCUGACACAGCAGCGACAACCACCACAGCAGCGACAACCACCACAGCAGCGACAACGACAACAGUACCAGUCGCGUCCGCUGCGCACACGGCGGCUUCGCCGUCCCUCACACCCACGGUCGCUCCAGCGGCCCUCAUCACAGUUGGUCCGUCAGCAGAGCGUGCAAAGCGGUGCUCACCCCCGAAUACACGCGCUGGCGAGACAGAGGCAGGCAACAGCAACAACAGCAACAACAGUGACAACAGCAGCAGGCGAAGCAGCCCCAACCGCGGUGCCAGCAACAGUGAUGACGACGAUGAUGAUAGCGAUGACGAUGCUACGACGGAUACUGGAGCACGUCGCAAGCAGGGCCAGCAGAAGCAGGACACUGCAGCGCCACGCAUUCAAGAGGCCGCCGCCACCACAACCGCAGCAAGCACAGAGUCGAGUACAACGACACCUGUUGCUGACAGCGGCGGUGACGACAAUGGUGAUGAUGGCGAUGAUGGCGAUGGAGCCCGAGCAGCACAGGCAGCAGGAGUCGUGUCGCUCGUGCCAACAGUGAACCCGGAAAACGCCCUUGGAGACUGCGUGCCUGUUGUGUGCGGGCCGCCGUUGCCGCGGCGUGCAACGGGGAAGAAGAAUCGCAGCAGCCGCAAGCGCCGGUCGCCACGCUCAACGGCAUCCACGCCCACGCGAACAGCCAACACAACACCGGCCAAGGUUGAUGCUGGAGAUCCUGCAGACGAUACUGGCGAUGAUGAUGACGAAGAGGAAACAGCCGCUGCAGCCACAGCGACAACAACAACAACAACAACAACAACAACAACACCUGCUGCUACAGCAACACCCAGCAAAGUUGGACAGCACAAGCAGGAUGGGCGGACGGGAAGCAAUGCGCCGGGAGCCAGCAGCGGGAGCAACACGGUAGUGACGGCGGCAAUGCCAGCAGGUACACGCUCACAAAACAGUAGCGCCACCACUACCGCAGCGACAGCACCGGCAGCGACGACAAGCACGCCUGCUGCACAUGCAGGUCAUGGAGCAGCACAUGCCAGUAGCCCGGCUGUCAGUGGCAGGCGCGGGCACUCUGCCGACAACAGCAGCAGCACCGCCACCCCCAGCACCACCAGCAGCAGUAGCAGUAGCAGUGGCAGCAGCAGUAGCAGCAGUAGCAGCAGUAGCAGUGGCAGUGGCAGUGGCAGCAGUAGUAGUAGCAGCAGCAGCCCCGCCAGCACGCGCACCUUUGGUGCGAGCAGCCGCAGCAUUUCCGAUCCUUGCAUGGAGAGCACAUCGGCGUCCACGACACCAGUGACUGCCACUGCUGCCACAGCGGCCACAACCACAUCAAGAGCGCCAUCCGUUCCCAGUGCUCCACCCACGACGAACGCAGCUGCGACGAGGGCUGCGGCCGUUGUGCCCUCGACCUCAACCGCAACCAACGCUGUUUCCAGGCGGAGCACAGUCACCGCUGCCGCCGCUGCCAACAGCCAGAGCCAACAACAACAACAACAACAACAACAACAACAACAACAAGGCAGCGGUGGCAAUGGCGAUCGUGACAGUGAUGGCGGGACCGGCUUAGCAUUACCUGAGGAAGACAUGUCGAUUCUUCCCGAAGACGUUGCAGUUGCUCUGCAGACCAGCUACGAAAAUGCGCCAGCGCUCCUGCGCAAGCAGAUUGACAAGCACGGCCUGCUGCCGGCACUCACCAGGAGACUGGCCGAGCACAUUUCCCAGCACGGCAUGGGUGAGGUGGCUGCCGCGCUGUCGCAAGUUCAGAGGCUGCACCUGUUUGAGGUGCGGAAGCGGUAUCAGGAACGCAUGCGCGCGCACCAGCAACGUUUGAAAGCAGAGCGCGAGCAGAGAGCAUCCAACUUGAUGAAAAUGCAGCGUUUCUGCGAAACGCAAGAGCAGCAACAGCAACAACAACAGCAACAACAGCAGCAGCAGCAGCAACAACAACAGCAACAACAGCAACAGCAGCAGCAACAACAACAACAACAACAACAACAACAGCAGCAGCAACAACAACAACAACAACAACAACAACAACAACAACAACAACAACAACAACAACAACAACAACAACAACAAGGACAGCAACAGCAACAAGGACAGCAAGAGCAAGGAGAUGGUAUCGGCUCUGAUCUGCUUCAGCAUGCGCCACCCAACCUUCUCAGCAUCAUGCACCAGGUCGAUGUUGACAAAGCAAGCGACGCAACUGUCGGGGCUGUGGCGUUGGCGAUAGAUGACGAGCUUCAACGUCGGGGUGUGUCCAAGGAACAGGCUGGGAUCAUCGGCCAGCUGUUUGUGCGCACGUUCAACACGGCGCGAUCACAUCAUCGACAGCAGCCGGAGCCGCUGCCGCUGCUGGCGGGUGUUGUCCGAAAUGUGCUGGCGGCUAUGAGGCCGCUGCUGGAGUCAAGCAUGUCUUCUAUGACCGUGGCGGCGACAGCAGCGGCAACGCUCGCACCCUCGGCAUCUUCGACAAAAGGCCUGCCCACAGCACCGGCAUCACGUGCGCCCCGUACAUCAAGUGUCCUGUCCUCGCUGCCGCCAACGCCACUGCUAUCGCAGUUCUACCCGCUGGCGCCCAGCUCCAGCUCAUCCAAGAGGUCCCAGACGUUCACCAACAUGCCCAGCGUGUACAACCCGCCCAUGUCCACGACCACGACAACGACAACCGCCACCACUACUGCAACGUCUUCAUCACGCACGAGCCGCCGCCAUGGCGGAAGCCGCGCGGCAAAGAAGUCCAAGGGCAGCAAAGCACCAAAGAGCAACAAGCGUGCACGCAGCAGCGGCAACAACAGCAUCCGUGCUCAGCUUCCUACCGUCAACACAUCGGCCACAACAGCAGCAGCAACAACAACAACAACAACAGCAGCAGCAGCAGCAGCAGCAGCAGCAGCAGCAGCAGCAGCAACAACGACAAAAGCAGGCCACAUGGGUUCUGUUUCCACAGCUGUUUCCAUUGCCCGCGAUGUGAGUGGCAGUGGGCGACACACGGGUGCACCUGCUCGUGCUGUUCCGGGCGUGGCGUCGACAUACCCCUUUACGCACCCUGCCGCUGCUUCCAUGAUGCGACAUGCGGCUCCAGCAGUCAACGGCCCCGCCGCAACAGCAACAGCAGCAGCAGCAGCUUCAGAUGAUUCGCUCAGCAUCGCUGCGUCCAACUACCUGCAGACGUCACCCUAUUCUGUUGUUGAAGAUGGCCAGCAUCUGCAGCACCAGCACGCGCCGCACAGCCAGCACCAGCAACAAGCGCACGUGCAGCAGCAACAGCAACAGCAGCAACACUAUCAUCACCACCAACAGCCGCCGCAGCCACAGCCACUUCUUCCGCUUUACGGGGGUCUGCAUGUUUCUGCUGCGCCAUCCACGUAUGACCUGGCGUCUGGGCGUGUACCCGGUCCGUUCGACAUGCUCACUGCUCCGACGGCGUCCGCACCUGUGCGCCGGUUCUUUCCGAGCCAUCAUCCAACACACACGACAACGCACGCGACCACGCAGGUGGACGCUCGUGUGCUUCCACAGCCACCCUCCACGAGUCAGCAGCCAGCAUCGCGCGUGGUGCCGGCACUGUUGGAUCCGCAGCUUGCAUACAUGCAAGCUCACCCACCCCCUCCCCAUCGGCAUCAACAACACCAGCCACAGCAGCAGCAGCAGCAGCAGCAGCACGCGCGCUAUCCUGCACGACAGCAGGGCGGGUAUCAGCCACAGGAAGCGUUCGAGCCACGGCCACAGCAGUAUGAGCCACAGCAGCAGGGCGAGCACCAUCAUGCGCAGCCGGCACCGCUUUCGGCUCCCCCGCAUAUGCUGGUUGCCAGUACGCAACAAGCGGUGCCGAUGACUUUGCACAUGACGCCAAGGUUGCCUCCCAACCUUGCUCUGGACCACACCGCACCCCGCUUCCAGCAAGAGCAGCACCAGCACCCACAGCGACAACAGCCGCAGCCGUUCUAUCAUCCUCAGCAACCACCACAGCGACAACAACAACAGCAGCAGCAGCAGCACGCACCACAGCCAACAGCACAUAGCGUUUCUGCUGCGAUGAUGUCGCCAGUUCCACAGCGAGCGCCCACACUCCCCGUCUCCUUUGCGGACCUGUUUCCCUUGACCCCGCCCCCAGCAGAUGCAGUGCCAGCUUCGCCAGACCACCGCAUGCCGUUUGCACUGUCGUCCAUGCAUGAGCAGGCCGGUCUUGCGUCCCCGUUUCCUAUGCAGCCACCGCCGCAUCCACGAGCACAGCACCAGUACCAAGCCCAACAACAACAGCAACAUCAGCACCAGCAGCACGAGCCUCGUCACCCACAGCACCCACACCACCCUCAGCAACAUCCCUACCAUCCCCAGCAGCAGCAGCAGCAGCAACGGCUUGGGGAUGUGUCGCACUACGGCUCGCUACCCCAGGUUGAUGGGUUUGGCUCUGGGCCUCCAUCACCAGCGGGCUUUGGCGGAGACAGUGGCGGGGCGACAGUCCCCGCGGCCACCACUGCAGCGCGCUCACCAACGGUGACAUCUCUCCUGAGCAGCAAGCUCGUGCAGCCUGGUGCUUGCCGCGGCAGCAACAGCCGCACCCAAAACGCCGGCGGUGCAGUGGCUAGCACUCAGCAGCCAGAGGAGAAGGGGAAGGAAGACUGCAGCGUGCACGUUGCGGCUGUUGCAGUGAAUGCCGUGGAACCAGAAGGGCAAAAUGGCGAGGACGCUGGUAAAGAGCCGGCAUCGCCAAAACAGCAGCAGCAGCAGCAGCAGCAGCAGGUGGCGACGGCCGAGAUGUUGGCCAGUGCACCUGGAGGUGCAGGCGAAGGAAAGGGCAUGACAGCAGCAACGGCGUUGACGGCGGUCAUUGAGACGAUAUCUGCUGCCCCGCUUUCGGGGCAGCAAGGUAGGGUGAGCGAUGAAGGUUGCCUUGGCGGGGAUGGUGCGGCGUCAGGGCCGCCAACGAAGAAAGCCCGAGUGGGGGAUGCUGCUGGCAGCACGUCUGCGGACUGCGCUGUGAUUGGCGACGACGCCAGUGCGCCCAACGCCGCCCGCAUCACUGUUGGACCGCCGGCCCCUUCGAGCGACUCGGUACCGCAGCAGCAGCAGCACCCCGCGGCCAUGGCGGCAGCCACAAAUGCAUCACCACUGUCGGGGGGUCCCGCCUCUGUGGGGGAUGCUGAGCUGAGCGGCCUUGACUUCAAUACGCUGCUUGCCCUGCUGUACCAUGGCGAAGCGCCGCCGGGCCCGCGUCGUGGGCGCCGUCAGCGCAACCAGGCAACCAAGUUUGACGUCCUCUGCAGAGCAAGCCAGCAAGUUGGCCAGUUUGUUCAGGUUUCCUGCGACGUUGUUGAUCGCGAGCGAAGGACAAUUGUCUCGCCAAGUGUGCUCACCGUCAUGGACUUCCAUGCGCAUCUCUCCGACAUGGAGGUGAUUGGUCUGCUCGCUGGCAAGUAUGACGAGGCGACGCGGUGCAUCCACAUUCUGGAGGCGAUUCCGUGCACACCGAUUGAAGACGGGGACUGGCAGACGCGGCGGCACAGCGUGGAGCUCCUGCCCACGAGUCAGUUGCAUGCCGCGCAGAUUGCAAUCAAGAAGGGGCUCACGCCUCUUGGCUGGUACCACAGCCACCCGUUCUUCUGCCCGGAGCCCUCUGUGCGCGACUUGAUGAACCAGGGAACGAUGCAGGGGCAGCACGCUGGGCGCUGGGUCGGCUUCAUCAUCUCGCCGCGCAGCUCGGGCUUGGAGAGCGAAAUUCGCUGCUUCUCCAUUGGCGAGGAGAAAGCUGUCGGCGACAUGUCGAUUGGACAGCCGCAGCGCCUGGAGUACAUUGUGAACGACGAGCCCGAACUGCAGCCCUUUGUGUCCCGGCGCAUGGUGGAGCUUGCCAUGUACUAUCAGUGUUACCCGAAGCGCCUGUCCAUGGUUACCAAGCACAUGCAGACAACCUUCCUUGAGAAGACGUGCAUCUCUGUUGGCAGCCGGCUGCCAGAAGCCAUGUCGCUAACAGUGAAACAGGCGUUCCUCUUUUGCAUCUACUCCUUGCUGUUCAUGGCCGAGCGCUUCACCAGCGAACGUCAGCAGCUGGAGAAAGCUGACAAGCGCACACGCCCGACUGCCUGA